AUGGCAAAGGAUUUAGACCAAAUUCCAACAUUCAAAGCAGUGGACACUGAUGGUGAAAUUACAAUUGGUAUUGACGAAGCGGGGCGUGGGCCUGUUGUUGGUCCAAUGGUAUACACUGCUUUUUUCACGACUGACGCAGACGAGGUCAGUGAUAUGGGAUUUAAAGACUCGAAGGUACUUAACAAAGCUCAAAGGGAGUCUUUGUAUUCAGACAUCCACAACAGUCCAUUUUGUGGGUAUUCCAGUGAAGUAUUAACUCCGUCAGACAUUAACAAAAAGAUGUGCCAACCACUUAAAAUUUCUUUGAACGAAGUUGCAUUCUCUGCUGUUCGGACUAUCAUCUCGCGGAUUUUAAACAUCACCCAGAGGGGAGUUAAAGGUGUCUUUGUUGACACUGUCGGGCCUCCAGCAAAGUACAAGGCAAUGAUCGCACAUUCGUUUCCACAAAUUGAUCCGGAGUGUAUCACUGUGUGUUCAAAAGCAGAUGCCAAAUACCCGGUAGUGAGUGGAGCAAGUAUAGUAGCCAAAGUGACGCGCGAUGUUUGUUUGGAGCGUUGGAUAUUCAAAGAGACGCACACAGAGGGGUUUAGUGGUUUUGGGUACCCAACCGAUUUAGUUACUAUCAAUUGGAUGAAAGAGUCGUACGACCCGGUCUUCGGCUAUCCAAACUUCGUCAGAUUUGGAUGGGAGACGUCCAAAAGAAUAGUUGAAAAGAAGUACCCGAUACACACUCCUGUUCAUUACAAAGAGUCUGGCGUCUGUCUCGGCAGAAUACGGAGUAAAUAUUUAGCCAAGAAGUGUAUCGGUGAUGUCCCGGUGUGGUGA